AUGCCACAGACACCAAUCCGCAUCAUAGGGGCGGGAAUCGGAGGACUGACCCUCGGCCGUUGUCUGCUCAAAUAUGGAAUCCCUGCGGUUCUCUACGAGAGAAAGCCCUCAAGUCCUUGUCACGAUUAUGGAAUCACGCUCCAUGCUCCGUCAUAUCUGCCUCUUCUGGACAUCCUACGCAUAGACGAGUUUACCUUCAGACGCCGCAUGGCGGUCGAUGGAUUAUUGAGCGGCGGCGGCAACAUCGAACCAGGAUUUUUCGCUACUCCUAAGAGAAUUAACUCAACAUCGUUCCGUGCUCAUCGUGGGAAAUUUGAGAAAUUGCUCUGCGAAGGGCUUGAUAUUCAAUGGGGAAACUCUCUCGAAAAAGUGGAAGAGGCACCUUCGGGGAUGAUUCUUCACAUGCAAAAUGGGCAGAAACUGGAGAGCACAUGUAUUAUUGGGGCUGACGGACCUCAUUCCAUUACUCGAAAGUCUCUCUCCCCUAAUACGUCAUUCAACGUUCUUCCCUAUGUUGCUUUCAAUGGCGCACGACAUGUGAAACGCGAGCUCUACAACAGUGUUUAUGCUCCAGCUUUUAAUGGCUCCAUAGUUAUAAGGAAGAAACAAGGCGACAAGCUCCUAAAUCUGUUCGUCAAUGAGCAGCAGGAAGAUGCCGUGAGCAUUAGUUGGACAUUUUCGCGGCCAGCCAGAAGCUCCAUCGAUCCGCUCCAUCGGCCCAAUAGGCCAGUAUCAGAGGCGACAAAUAUCCCAAAGGAAUUUUUCGAUGAGAUAGAACAACUCCAUGGACUGGAUCAGCCUUUUAAGGGAGUGUUCGAUAUAGAGAGGUUACAAAAGGAACGGGUUUUGCAUUGGCUUAUGAGGACAGUCCUAGUCAGUCACCAGGAACUUUGUACACUUGCAAACAAGGGCGUCUUCUUUAUAGGUGAUUCAGUUCAUGCAGAGCCUAUUCUAGGCGGCGAGGGUGCAAACAAUGCUAUUAUAGAUGGCAUGGAGCUUGCAAAGUGCAUUUCAAAAUUUGGACAAGGGGGUAUUGCAACUUGGUACGACUCCCGAUAUCCCGCGUGGAAAGAUGGUAUUGGCAAAAGUGAGCAAGCUAUUGCUCUCAUGCAUAGAUAG